CACACACACACUCACAAUCAGGCACCCGGUCAGACCGCCUCGCUCACACUCCUCACACACUCUCCGGAACUAGUUCGUCACACGCAGAUCCGUCUCCACCUGUGCACCUCCGCCGGGACCAACUCACCAGGAUUUUCUUUUAAACAGAUUUGUAUUUUAUCCCACUACACGUUCAUUUCGGCGGUUGUGAGUCCGUGUUCAGUGCGCAGUGUCGGGACACUUGUCAGCAGUCGGACCCCCUGCUGUGCUCCGUGCUGCGGACGGACAAGUUGUGUGUUCUCACGCCUGUGAAGCGGCGGGUUCGAGCUGAACGGAAGAGACGUGUCCACACACAGAGGACCGGAGAGACAAACCAUGGCGAGACAGCACGACCUCCCCAGCAUGAUGGGACUGCUCUGCCUGCUCGCGUCCAUACUCGCAGGACACGGAGCGGCAGGUCAGCGAGUGAAGGUGGAGGCGGAGGUGUUGUCGUAUCCUGGCCAGACGGUGAACCUACGCUGUGCCUUCACUGAUACCACAGGGAUUGAGCUCACAAUGGUUACUUGGAUCUACGAGCCGAAGGAGGGCGAGAGGAUCAACAUCGCCGUGUUUCACCCCAGCCAUAAUCCCAACUACCCCGAGUCGCCUAUGAAGGGCAGGGUCAGCUUCUCACCCAGCCCCCCGAAACUGGUCAGCCCUUCCAUCCAGAUCACCGGAGUGAGGAUGACGGACGAGGGGCGGUACAUCUGCGAAUAUGCCACCUUCCCAAUUGGCAACGAGCAGGGCAUCACCUAUCUGGUCAUGCUGGCUAAGCCUCAGAACUCUGCCUCCAUCGUCACAGUGGAAGUGGGCACUAAGCCGGUGGUGGUGGCGCGCUGCGAGUCCGUGGAUGGCCUACCCGCUUCCCAGAUCUCCUGGGUGACCACGGCCAACGGCAACGGGACGUCCGUGAGGAAAGACGGCAAAGACAACACGGUGACGAUGAUCAGCGAGUACGUCAUGGUUCCCACGGCGGCAGACAAUGGAAAGGACAUCAGUUGUGUCGUGGUCCACCGGACACAGGUUAAAGCAGAGAGCUUCCCGUUGAAGCUCGCAGUCCAAUACCCCCCUCAGGUGACAAUCGAGGGUUAUGACAAUAAUUGGUACAUGGGUCGCACAAACGUGGUGCUCACCUGCCAAGCUAGCGGAAACCCCGUUCCGAUCUCUGUGCUCUGGAAGACGAUGUCAGGAGUGAUGCCAGACACGGUGCAGAUCACUGACAACAAGCUGAAGGUGCUCAAGGUGGACGAGUCUGUCAACACCACUUUUGUCUGCGAGGUCAAGAACCGCAUUGGAACCACGAGGGAUCAGGUCACAACCAACGUCAGAGAGCCCACAGUGAACCCAUCCAACGUCGGCGUGGUGGCGGGAGCUGUGAUUGGCUCCCUGCUGGCCCUCCUUUUGGUCGCCGCUCUCAUUGCCGUGCUCGUCACCCGUAGCCGCAGGCAGCAGCAGGGCUACCGGGCCAACGGCGGCGGUGACAUGAAGACGCGCAUAUUUGGCGGAGGCAAGAAGGCGAGCAAGAACGGCACGAGCGGAGGUGCGGGCACCGGCGGCGUGGGGGGCGGGAACAACAACGGGCCCAUCUAUGUUUACAACGAGAGCUCCUCCCACCAGGCCCUGGGAGAGAAGAACAACCACCACCAGCCUCUCACGACCCCCACCGCCCAAGACAUCCUGUUGAGCCAAGAAUUAGAUGACGCGGAGAGGAGGAAGUUUGACGAGCUGGAGGACGAGGAGAGGUAUGACAACUUCACUGGAGGGGCGCCCAUCCUUCAGCUCCGCCCACCCAACGACCAGGACGAUAUUAUCGGAGCUUACAUGGAUGACGACAUGGAGUCCCAGCGGGAUGGCUCCGUCAUCUCACGGACUGCAGUUUACGUAUAGAGGAGGAGGAGGAGGAGGAGGAGACGGAAAAAGGAGAAAAAAAGAGUGAUGGAGGAUCCCUCCCGAAGAUUUCGUGGUUUCAGGAUUCCUGUCUGAUAGAAACGAGAAAAUGAUUCCACUUUUAUUUUUUGAAAAUUGAUUUUAAAUAUAUCUUGUUAUUAAUCACAGCGUAGCCCCAGAACGAACUGAAUGAACAGGAGGGGAGGGGUGGGGGUGGAUGUUGUAAAAAGGAGUGUUGCUGACGUCUGGUCCCUGAGAGCAGAAAAUCAAACAGAAAAGAAACAACCUGUCUCCCACCACCUCUGCUCAUCGCUCUCACUGGGACACUGACAAGGACCCUCGACAGACUCAAGGAGUGAAACUAUAGUGUAGGAGGAAAAUAAUGGACUCAUGAUACAAGCUUUGCUAUAGAGGAGGCAUCGCACAUGCAUAUUCACUCUUAUGUUCACCAAAACCUUAGAAGGGGUUGUCAAGCACUUCAGUUUUGCUAUUCCCAGUCCUCCUGUGGGAAACCUUUUGUUUUGGUAAUGCGUUGUGCUCUGACAGCUGGUCGGUAGUUAGUAGCUAGUGAUGGGUUUGUGGGAAGAACAUCUAAAGGUUUUAGACAGUAACCAUCAAGUGAUUUUAGAGAAGAAAACAAUGUGUUUCUCACGUCUGCUGGCGAGUUGUCCUUUCCACUCUCUCUCUCUCCGCCUUCCUCUCAAACUUAAAAAAAAGAAAUAAAAACAACGGCAAACCAUCCAUCACAGAAGACACUUGAAUCACACAUUUUAAAAAAUAAUAUUUGACCCUUAUUUGCUGCAGAAAUGCAGUGGCUGCUGAUUUAAACAAAGUGAGUUUGCAGAGGUGGAACCGUGUUCUUAACAAGGUAUUCAAAUGCAAACUUUUGAGCUGUGCCUGGAGGUAAAAGAUGGAAAACCAGAGAUGAGGGAGUGAGACGUAGCCAAUGUGACAGGGUCAAGGGAUGGAGAGAGGGAUGCAAGAGGACUAGAGAGGAGCGCGUCUCUUCUUUUUCUCGUCCUCCUCGUCCCCGUCUCUUCGGAGCGCUCCCGACAGGAGGGGCUUGAUUGGUAAUGAGCCGUGAAGUCGCUCGCUUAGCCGGGACCAACAGAUUGCCACCACUUAUCGUUUAUGACGUGGUGAUUGCACCCUCCUCCCACCUCUAUCUCUCUCUCGUCCCUCCAUCGCUCCCUCUCUUCACCCCUCUCUCCCGGUGUUUAUGGGGAGUAUCUGAUUUAUCCGGGGCAGUGUCGAGGUCAGGGCCACGGAGACCAGGGGAGUAUUUUACUGCUCCUGAUGUGUCAAACGGCCCACUUACUCUAUCCCUGCCCAGCCUGCCCUGACAUGCCAGGACUGACAAAUCCACCUGGAGUGACCGUGUUCACUCCACCGCACAGACUCUUACCCCCUCCUCCUAUAAGAGGAGUCGUUAUAACCCAACCC